CCACAAGAAGCUCAGUACUCCUGGAUGGUUGACAUCUUGAAGAGCAGCACCAGUGGAGCAGUGCAGCAGGAGCCAUGUCUCUGCCCUUCCGAAAAGAGUUGGAGAAAUAUAAGAAUAUCAAUGAAGAUGAAAUACUCAGCAAACUCUCAGAGGAUGAACUGAAACAGCUAGAGCAUGUUCUCGAUGACCUUGAUCCAGAGAACGCCUUGCUCCCAGCAGGAUUUCGGCAGAAGGACCAGACCACUAAACCUGCCACGGGCCCUUUCGACAGAGAACGCCUGCUCUCGUACUUGGAGAAGCAAGCACUUGAGCACAAAGACAGAGAAGACUUUGUACCGUUUACAGGGGAAAAGAAAGGAAAAAUAUUUAUCCCUAAAGAAAAGCCCAUAGAAACGCGUACAGAAGAAAAAGUGACCCUGGAUCCGGAACUAGAAGAAGCCCUGGCCAGCGCUUCAGAUACUGAGCUCUAUGACCUUGCAGCUGUUCUUGGAGUGCACAACAUGGUCAACAACCCAAAAUUUGAUGAAGGAGGAGCCCGCAGUAAAGAUGGAAAAGGCACCGUGAGAAAUGUGGUGAAAGGUGAAAAAGUCAAGCCCAUCUUUGAGGAGCCACCUAAUCCGACCAACGUGGAAGCAAGUUUACAAAGGAUAAAAGCAAAUGAUCCUAGUCUCAUAGAAAUUAAUCUCAACAACAUAAAGAAUAUUCCUAUUCCAACACUGAAGGAAUUUGCAAAAGCUUUGGAAAGCAAUACAUAUGUGAAGACAUUCAGCCUUGCAGCCACUCGAAGCAACGACCCCGUAGCUAUUGCAUUUGCAGAUAUGUUGAAAGUGAACAAAACACUGAAGAGUCUGAAUGUAGAAUCCAACUUCAUCACUGGGACGGGUAUUUUGGCACUGAUUGAUGCACUGAAAGAGAAUGAAUCCCUGACAGAGAUUAAAAUUGACAACCAGAGGCAGCAGCUUGGGACAGCUGUAGAGAUGGAGAUUGCCAAGAUGCUGGAGGAGAACUCCAAGAUUCUCAAGUUUGGAUACCAGUUCACAAAGCAAGGUCCAAGAACCAGGGUAGCAGCAGCUAUCACUAAGAACAACGAUUUGGUUCGUAAAAAGCGGGUGGAAGGAGAGCGGCAGUAG